GCACACCACACGGCCGGCUGCUGAAGUCUGAGCCACUGAGUCCCGGAGUCAGGCUUUUGUCCGCUCCCCGUCAUCAGCCCGCCUUGUCUUUAGCUCGGGUUCUCCCGAUUCUUGUGUCUCGAGCCCUGUCGCACCAGUUUUCUGGUUUUAUCUUCCUUGCUCUUGUUCUCUUUCCCUCCUUCGCAGCUCAGCAUGCAGGAAAAAGACGCCUCCCCGUACGGUUUCCAGCCUCGCUUCCAGCAUUUCGCCACGCAGGCCAUCCAUGUGGGCCAGGAACCCGAGCAAUGGACCUCCCAGGCUGUAGUGCCCCCCAUCUCACUGUCCACCACGUUCAAGCAAGAGGCUCCCGGCCAGCACUCGGGUUUUGAAUAUAGCCGUUCCGGAAACCCCACCAGGAAUUGCUUGGAAAAAGCAGUGGCGGCACUGGAUGGGGCCAAGUACAGUUUGGCCUUUGCUUCAGGUUUAGCUGCCACUGUGACUAUUGCCCAUCUCUUAAAAGCAGGAGACCAAAUUAUUUGUAUGGAUGAUGUGUAUGGAGGUACAAACAGGUACUUCAGGCAGGUGGCAACUGAAUUUGGAUUAAAGAUUUCUUUUGUUGAUUGUUCCAAAACCAAAUUGCUAGAGGCAGCCAUUACACCAGAAACCAAGCUUGUUUGGAUUGAAACCCCCACAAACCCUAGCUUGAAGAUGAUUGACAUUGAAGCCUGUGCACAUACUGUCCAUAAACAUGGUGACAUCAUUUUGGUCGUGGAUAACACUUUUAUGUCAGCCUAUUUCCAGCGGCCUUUGGCUCUGGGAGCUGAUAUUUGUAUGUAUUCAGCAACGAAAUAUAUGAAUGGCCACAGUGAUGUCGUAAUGGGCUUAGUGUCUCUUAAUUCUGAGAGCCUCCAUAAUAGGCUCCGUUUCUUACAAAACUCUCUUGGAGCAGUUCCAUCCCCUGUUGACUGUUACCUCUGCAAUCGAGGUCUGAAGACUCUACAGGUCCGAAUGGAGAAGCAUUUCGAAAAUGGAAUGGCAGUUGCCCAGUUUCUGGAAUCUAAUCCUUGGGUAGAAAAGGUUAUUUAUCCUGGGCUGCCCUCUCAUCCUCAGCAUGAGCUGGCGAAGCGUCAAUGCACAGGUUGCCCAGGGAUGAUCACCUUCUAUAUUAAGGGCACUCUUCAGCAUGCUCAGACGUUUCUCAAGAACCUCAAGUUAUUUACUCUGGCUGAGAGCUUGGGAGGAUACGAAAGUCUUGCUGAGCUUCCGGCAAUCAUGACCCAUGCAUCAGUACCUAAGAGUGACCGAGAUGUCCUUGGAAUAAGUGACACACUGAUUCGACUCUCUGUGGGCUUAGAGGAUAAAAAAGACCUACUCGAAGAUCUAGGUCAAGCUUUGAAGGCAGCACACCCUCCAAAUGCAGGUCGUAACUAGCAUUCCAGAACUGCUAGUAGAAGUCGCUUCCUGAGAAGAUCAACUCUUCGUAAUUGAAUGGACCAUUAAUGAGCCUUUGCAGAAUUUUCAAGUGAAAAUUUUAAGGCACCUCAUUACCUUUCAGAGCUGUAACCUUUCAGGGAUCAUCCUUAUUAAAAACAGUUUCCUCUUUACCUUAUUGUAAUUGACAGGUCAAUUCUGUUAAUAUCUUUUAUUAAUUUUGGUAUCCAUUUGCCUCUGAAGGAGGUGGGAUUUGUGCUGCUUUUUGGGAUUGUGAUCUUUUUUCAUAGCUUAAGAUUUAUAUUGAUCAUGUUUACAAUAGAAUGAUAAUUCAUUUUUUAUGUUUUUCUGAAGAAUUUAAAUUAUUAAAUGAAUGUUCUUAAAUCAAGUGUGAUUUUUGCAUAUUGUUGAAAACAGCACUCAAAGCAGUGGUUUACACAUAAUUAUCAUAAACCAAAAAUCAAAUACUUGAAAAGCCUACUGUGAAAUUCUGCUGAUAUAAGGUUGUACUUACUAUUUAAAAAAUAAAUAAAUAAAUCUAAUUACCAAAUGUAUCCCAUUGUGAUAUUCCUGUAUUAUGUGGCAUUAACUUGUAUUCCUUUUAAUCCUCAACUCUUAGAGGUCUCAGCCACUUGCAGUAAUUUUUGUAAAUUUGGUUGUAUAACUAUCAUGUCCAAAUCUUAGU